AGAAGACAACUGCUGUAAUGGUUGAUUCACUCAGAAAUCGUGUAGUCACUGUGGGCUUGCUUUACUUGAAACGUUAACUGAAGCUGACCGUGCAUAAAGAGGGCAGUAUAAUUUCGUCACCUAAAGCAAAAACGUCUAGAUUUCAAGAUGUCUAUUAUGUCCUAUAACGGAGGGGCCGUCAUGGCCAUGCGGGGGAAAGAGUGUGUGGCUAUAGCAGCAGACCGCCGGUUUGGGGUGCAGGCACAGAUGGUCACCACGGACUUCCAGAAGGUCUUCCCCAUGGGAGACAGACUCUACAUCGGACUGGCGGGCCUGGCUACAGACGUACAGACAGUAGCACAAAGACUCAAGUUCCGUCUGAACCUCUACGAGCUGAAGGAAGGUCGCCAGAUCAAGCCCAAGACAUUCAUGAGCAUGGUGUCCAAUCUGCUCUAUGAAAGGAGGUUUGGGCCAUACUACAUUGAGCCCGUCAUCGCUGGACUGGACCCCAAGACCUUCGAGCCUUUCAUCUGCUCCUUGGAUCUCAUCGGCUGUCCCAUGGUGACGGAAGACUUUGUCGUGAGCGGCACAUGUUCAGAGCAAAUGUACGGCAUGUGCGAGUCUCUCUGGGAGGCCGACCUGGGGCCAGAGGACCUGUUUGAGACCAUCUCCCAGGCCAUGUUGAAUGCUGUGGACAGGGAUGCCGUUUCAGGCAUGGGGGUUGUUGUGCACGUCAUUGAGAAGAACAAGAUCACCACACGCACCCUCAAGGCCAGGAUGGACUAGACCUCUCAACUGUUGCAACCAGUUUUUCACUCACCACCUCACUUUUUCUAUGACAAAAGAACUGCUCAUAUUGUUAUUUUUUUCUUAUUGGAGUUGCCCUGUUCAUUAAAUGAAAUCUGUAGUGUC